CACCUACAAAUACGACUCCAAUAAAAAGAUGCACAAAGUCAUGCGCAGUCGAAUUGUACUUGGCCUUGUUACCAAAAUACACCCAUAUCAUAUGUUAUGACAUUUUUUGUUCACUAUAUACGGAUUCUUGCUAAUGAAUUGUGCCAAUCAAAGGACUGUACAUUUCAGUGUAGAAAUUGUUUCCUUAUAACAGAUGUGCCAAAACAGGACAAAUCGAGUACAGAUUACGAAAAAUGGCAGACAAGAAAAGAAUGCUUUUAUCAGCUGCUAUUGAUUUUGGUACCACACAUUCUGGUUAUGCAUUUUCAUUCAACUUUGAAGACAACCCAGACCCUCUCAAAAUCCCAACCAAUCGGCUUUGGGUGGCUGAAGGUAUUUCUUCUCUGAAGGCUCCGACAUGUGUUUUGUUGAGUCCAGAACAGGAAUUUAUGGCAUUUGGGUAUGAAGCAGAGGACUUGUAUUCAGAAAUGGCUCUCGAUGGAAACCAUCAUGAUCAUUAUUUCUUUGAAGGAUUUAAAAUGUUCCUUUAUGAAACAAACAGUUUACAGAAGUUAUCGAAAGCUCUGAUCAGAGAUGGCAUUGGAAAACAAGUCCCUGCACUUGAUCUGUUUGCUCAUGUCAUCAGAUACCUGAAAAAUCACAUGUUGAGCGCCCUAGAUACCAAGGGAAUCAAAGUUUACAACAAAGAAAUUCACUGGGUCUUGCCAGUACCAGCUAAAUGGAAAAAAUCAGGGAAACAGUUCAUGAGAGAGGCUGCAAAUAAGGCUGGUAUACUGACCGAGCAGCUGACCUUGUGUGUGGAUUCAGAGGUAGCCUUGUUGUACUCUCAGCGUAUACCUUCAACAAGCCUGAUGGGAAGUCCUGUUACCCAGUCAUUUCUGUCCUUCAGCCCAGAAGCAAAGAUCAUGAUAAUUGAUCUGGGAGGUAAAACAGUUGAUAUCAUCAUUUAUCAGAAACAGUCAAAUGAAACCUAUGAAGAGUUGCACCAACCAACAGGAGGACCCUGGGGAGGCACCAAAGUUAAUGAAGCGUUUUAUCAAAUGAUAAUCAAAAUAGUCGGGGCAAGCUGCUUCCAGAAAUUUAAAGACGAUUUCAAGGCAGAUGAUCAGGACAUCCACAGAGACCUGGAAAUGAAAAAGAGGAAAAUAAAUCCAGAGUCCAACUCCAAAAUCACAAUUAAAAUCCCGUUCUCGCUUCUCAAGACAUUCGAGAAAGAAACGGGCGAAAAGAUGAAGGAGGUGAUCCAGCAGACGCAUUAUGCCAACAAAAUUACCUGCAGAACGCAAUGUUUUAGAAUGGAGGCUGACCUGUUUAAAGAGUUGUUUCGAGAACCAAUUAACAUGCUUGUGGAACACCUACAACAACUGAUGGCAAAAGAUAAUCUAUCUGAUGUAUCGACUCUUCUGAUGGUAGGUGGAUUUUCGGAGUCUCAUAUGAUGUUAGACGCCGUUAAGAAUGCUUUUCCCGCUAAAAGAGUCAUCGUUCCAGUGGAUGCUGGUUUGGCGGUGUUAAAAGGAGCCGUAUUGUUUGGUCACCGAUCAAAUUAUGCUUUGGAACCAAAUCCCCCCGGCCUUUUGUGAAAGCUGAUCAUUCUCAAGCGAGAAAUUUACAAAGUGCCCGUCUUGACUUUGUCAGAUUUAAAAAGUUCAUUAAUUGUGAUUCUACUAUGCUCAACAUUUUAUUACAUCUGUAUCCUUUAUUAUGAAACGCCCUUUCUAUUACUUAAUGCUUUGUGAUUCUUGAUUUAUAUUAAUGUCAAGAGUUUAUUUCUUGGAAUAAAUAUUGGUACAAGCUUAAAGGGUCGCAGUGGAAUGACGAUCAGAGAAAAAUCAGUAACUGAAAUGAUAAUCAGUGGUAUUAUAUAAAUAGAGCCUGUUUAUGAGGGUAACAGUUGAAAAUGACUUCCCCGAUAAAUACAUUGUCAACCGACGCGAAGCUGAGACACUUUUAUUUUAUAAUACUGAAUGUCUUACUUUUAAAAAAACUUACUGCUUUUAUUUUCAUUAUUUAUUUAUGAAUUCUACGGAAAACCGUACGCGCAUAAUUUACGACGUAAUAUUGCUUUCAACAAGUCGAAAAAUUAUUAUUAUUAGAUAUCGACGUAUUUUGUGUUAUCAAAUGUUGUUCUGUAUAAUAAAACUUUUUCGAAGAUUUAUUCCCCCAGAGCCCUCGGAAAAUAUGAUUUUUCUUAGGGGAUAAAUCUUCAUCAUGCAAUAAAUGUAUAGAGUUACAUGAUGCCAAGUGUGUUGCUAACGCUGAGGGUAAUAAAGCAGAUUAUAAACUGCGUCCUAAUUAACCAAUCAAAUUUCAGUAUUUAACAUGAUUAAUUUGACCAAGAUGGACCAGUAAUUUAUUAUAAUACUAUCGUGUAGCAGUUGUAUUAUAAAUUAAGAAGCAUCUUUCUGUAAAUGUAUAAACAUAACUAUCAUAUUGUUUUACUAAUUUAUAAGAAAGCACAAUGACUUGUACAUGUGAAAUGUCACAUACUUCUAUAAUCAAGGUCAAAAUUAAGAAAACUCUUUCUUUUUCAUUAAAAUUUUUUUAAAGAAUGCUGGUUUAACAAUAAAAAGAAAACCAUACUAACUAUUCUCCAUAUAUUGUGAACCUGCUUAAGAAUUUGUGAGUGGGCAUGUAUUUUAUUCAGUACCACCCAGAUUGUUUAAUGUACAUCCCUCGGCAAUCACCCAACUACAAUGUUUGAU